AUGCCUUUCCUUGGCUCCUCUCCAGACCUGUCCCCUAGUGGGUCAGACACACGAUCUGAGUACGAUGCGUCUCAACAGGCGCAGAACAUUAUCAAAGAUGAUGACUACGCCGCGAGGAUGCUUCCCGGGAGCAGUGAGAAGCCGCUUAGUCAACAACUUGAGCCUAUUGCUGUAGUAGGCAUGGGAUGCCACCUGCCGGGCGAUGUGCGGUCCGCAUCGGGCUUCUGGGAUAUGAUGAUGUCGAAUAGGUCAGGGCAGACACCCAAGGUUCCAAAGAGUCGAUUCGAUGUCGAUGCACACAUCCAUGAAAACAAUGAUCGGCCUGGUAGCUUCAGUGUAUUGGGCGGUUAUUUUCUGAACGAAACCCUCCAAGAAUUCGACCCUUCAUUCUUCGGCAUAACCCCAAUCGAAGCCAUGUGGAUGGACCCCCAACAACGCAAGCUGCUCGAGGUCGUAUACGAGUCCCUCGAAUCAGCGGGAGUUACACUUGACGACAUUGCAGGAACAAAGACUGCGGUAUUUGCAGCUUGCUUCACAGCUGACUUCCAGCAAAUGUGCUUCAAGGAGCCUGCUUUCCGCCAUUCCCUGGCCGCCACCGGUGUCGAUCCAGGAAUCCUGAGCAAUCGAAUUAGUCACGUCUUCAACCUGAGAGGGCCAUCUAUCGUAGUAAAUACCGCUUGCUCUUCGAGCGUGUAUGCUUUGCACAAUGCUUCUAACGCUCUGAGAAAUGGCGAGUGUACCGCUGCGAUCGUUGCUGGCGUGAAUCUGGUCUUGGCAGUCGAUCAGCACAUGAACACCGCGAAGCUUGGCGUGCUGUCACCAACUUCGACAUGUCAUACGUUUGAUGAAUCAGCAGAUGGCUAUGGCCGUGCAGAAGGAGUUGGUUCGGUAUAUCUCAAACGCCUUAGCGAUGCCAUUCGUGAUGGCGAUCCGAUUCGCGGUGUCAUUCGAUCAAGCGCCACCAACAACAACGGGCGGGUGCCUGCUGUCGGCAUCACACAUCCCAACCUGGAAGGCCAAGCUGAAGUCAUAUCUACAGCUUACAAGCGUGGAGGUGAUCUCGAUCCGCGAUUGACAGGGUAUUUCGAAUGCCACGGCACAGGUACAGCUGUCGGUGACCCGCUUGAAGUACGAGCCGUCUCUCUUGCUAUGAACCAGUCCAGGCAGCACAGUGACGGACCAUUGAUGAUUGGGGCCGUCAAGACUAACAUUGGGCAUAGUGAGGCAGCUUCGGGGCUGUCUGCACUGAUCAAAGGCAUUUUGACUGUCGAGAGAGGCAUUGUGCCACCCACGCACGGCCUGGUGAAACCGAGUCCCGCCAUCCAAUGGAAGGACUGGAAAGUCACAGUGCCAGUGGUACCCUCGCCGUUCCCCAAAUUGCCUCUCAAGCGAGUCAGCAUCAACUCUUUCGGUUACGGAGGAACUAAUGCUCAUAUCGUCGUUGAGAGCGCAGACUCUCUCUUGGUCCAGAAGCAAUCCUACAAGUAUCUAAUUGAUACCGACAAGACGAUAAAACCACCAAGAGGAGCCUUUAAACGUAGUCGGAGUCACCUUCUUCUCUUUUCCGCUCAUGAUAAGUCUGCGUUGCAGAGAAAUUUUGCUGCCCAUAGCGAGGUUGCCAAAAACUACGAGCUCUUGGACCUGGCCUAUACACUAGGCAACCGACGUACAGCAUUUUCAAGCCGCGGCUACACAGUUGUCAGUCCGAUGACACAACGCCAGACCAAUUUGGGCGAGUUGUUUGUUGCCGAAAACAAGAAGACACCGACAAUCGGCUUUGUCUUUACUGGGCAAGGCGCGCAAUGGGCUCGUAUGGGCGCGGAACUUAUGACCUACUACCCAAGCUUUCUCCACAGUAUUCGAAUGCUUGACACAGCUUUGGACGAACUUGAAGAUGCGCCAGACUGGACCAUUGAGGAUACCCUUCUCCUUCCGGAUGACAUUUCCCCAGUCAGCGAAGCCGAAUAUGCCCAGCCACUCACCACGGCUGUUCAGAUUGCUCUCGUACAGCUGCUGAGGCUCUGGGACAUUAAUCCUACUGUCACGGUGGGCCAUUCAUCAGGAGAAAUUGCGGCAGCCUUUGCUGCCGGAUACAUCUCUGCAUCACAAGCGAUUGUAUUUGCGUACUACCGCGGCCUUGUGGUUCGAGACGUCAGCAACGAAGGCGCGAUGCUUGCUGUUGGUCUCGGCGCUGAAGCAGUCGAACCGUACCUGGUUGAAUUGAAGGGCAAGGUUCUCGUGGCCUGCCAUAACUCCCCAGCUGGAGUCACUUUAUCAGGAGACGCAUCUGCAAUUGCUGAUAUCCAAAAAAGGCUAAGCGCAGACAAUGUGUUUGCGCGGCUAGUCAAGACAGGCGGAAAGGCAUACCACUCUCAUCACAUGGAGCCCGCUUCGUCCAAGUAUGAGAGCCGCAUUCGCCGUGCUAGAGAGGUAUCCAUGCAAUUGGAUAUUCCACUGAAGACCAAUGCUAGAAUGGUGUCUUCUGUGACAAACAGCGUGAUUGCCAAGGAUGCUGUUCUGGACGAAUUCUAUUUCAGCAGGAACCUGAAACAGCCUGUUCUCUUUAACCAAGCUGUUCAGUCAAUUUUGACCGACCCCAUGUUUGUACAUGUCAACACGUUGAUUGAGAUUGGCCCACACAACGCAAUGGCCGGGCCGAUCAGCCAGAUCAAGACAGCUUUAGGACUAUCUCAGCUCGAGUAUCUGCCGUCGUUGCUCCGUGGCCAAGACGCUGCGUCGCAGAUGUUGAAGCUUGCAGGAGAGCUUUUCUUACGAGAUUAUCCACUAGAUAUUGUAACGAUCACAGCGGAAGAGAAGUCCAGCAAGAGUGGCAAAAUCGAUCUCAAGCACGGUUGUCUGAUCGUCGAUUUGCCGCCUUAUCAGUGGGGCAAGAAAGCUUAUUGGGCUGAAGCGCGACACAGUGACGAGCUUCGUCAUCCAAAGUACCCACGUCAUGAUCUUCUUGGCUCCAUACUCCCAGGAGGCUCUUUAUCGCAACCGACAUGGCGCAACAUACUUCGCAUUCGGGAUGUACCUUGGCUAGUAGACCACUCGUUGGGUGGUGAGGCUGUGUUUCCAGCUGCUGCUUACUUCUCAAUGGCCAUGGAAGCAAUCACACAACUUACCGAAACCAGUGGUGAAAACGUUCACAUCGCCAACUACGUGCUCCGGGAUGUGACAAUCAAAAAAGCCCUGGUCAUUCCAGACGAUGACACAGGGAUUGAGUUACUGUUCAGCAUGCGACGCGCAAACAAUCUAGAGGACGAGGAGCAGCGUCCUUGGUGGAGCUUUAACGUGUGUUCCAUCAACCAAGAUGGGUUGACCAACGAUCACAUGAGUGGCAGCAUCGCAAUCAAUGCUCGUGCAGAGCGUCCUGCACCAAGACCAUCCCUUCAUCUUCCCCAGCGAGCGUCUGGGAGAGAAUGGAAUCGGGCUCUCCGCUCGGUGGGAUUUGAUUACGGCCCAACAUUCGCCGACAUGACCGACAUUGAGUUCAAUGGCGUUGACUUCAUCUGUCAAAGCAAGACGCAAGUCAAAACCAUGGCUGGAAAUAUCAUUGGCGAGUCUCGUCAUGUACUUCAUCCGGCAACUGUCGAUUCAUGCCUCCAAUUGAUGAUUGCUAGUAUCUUUGCUGGAAGAACACAAGCCAUGUCUGCGGCUAUUGCACCCACUCAAGUAGACGAGGUCUCUAUCUGGCCACCUACAAGGGACCAGCUGAACGACGGCUUUGCGACAGCCUGGACAGACGAGCGCGGAUUACGAUCAUUUGUCUGUGGUAAUCAACUGGUGGCAAAGAAUGGCCAAGUUCUAAUGGAGAUGAACAACAUGCGCGGCACUCUUUACGAAGCAGCUGUUCCCCAGUCGUUAUUGGCUGACAUGAAGUCAAUGCCUUAUGGUAAAAUGACAUGGAAGGUCGAUAUUGACUCGCUCAAAACUGUCCAGAGUGUUGAAAAGUUCAUCGAAUUGGCUCAUUUCAAGGACCCUACUGCCAAGAUACUAGACACUACUGGAUCCUUACGCCUAAACAUCCUAGAGAGAUUCCCCGAACUGAACUACACAAUCAUCAUGACAGAUACCAACGCCAAAGAGAAGGACACCAGCCAAUUCAAGAAUGCCAAAGUUGUCACAGCUGAUGCGAGUACCAGUCUUCUUGACCAAGGCCUUCAAAAAACAGUGUACAGCGUAGUCGUCGCUCAGAAGAAUAACGCCAACGUCUUCGAGCUUUCUCAGAUGCUCUCCUCAAAUGGAAAGCUUCUCCUGGAGUCUGGUGACGCUGUGGUGGUGAAUCAAAUGAGCCCCCCGAAGAAUGAAGAGAACGCAUCGAAGGGGAUCGUGCAGAUUGUCCACCGUGAGGCCGACACAACCAUGCUGGAGAGAGUACAAAGAUCCCUUUCUCAACUCGACUACGCGUCCACGACUGUACCGCUCACAAGCGUCGUAGAUGUCAGCGCUCAUGUCAUUGUGCUGGACCUCUCCAAAUCCAUGCUUGUCAACUUGACACAGCCCGAGUUUGAGGCUCUACAGAAGGUUCUCGAUUCGGCUCAGACACUGCUAUGGGCUACCUCUGGAGGUCUCUUGGAUGGGAGAAUUCCAGAGGCAGGCAUGGCUGCGGGUCUCUUGAGAGUCAUCCGAGCUGAGCAAGCUAGCAUCAACGUUGUAACCAUUGAUUUUAAUCCCGACAAUACCACAACUGCUCAAGCUGCAGACAGUGUUGCGGCAAACGUUGCGCGCCAGAUCGAGGAUCCCUCCAGGAUCGAGCACGAAUACUGUAUUUCAGGUGGUCAGACAUACAUCAGCCGACUAGAACCGAAUGAGGAAGUCAACGCUGUCGCAAUACUUGACAAGCAAGGGCCAGAAGACGUUUUGCUAAAUGCCGACAUGCGACUUGAAGGCGAUGUCCGAUCUGGCCAAGUGGUUUUCAGUCGUAUCAAUGAGCAACCCAGGAUCGCUGCCGAGGCUGUCGAAGUAGCUGUAACCAUGACCGGCUUGAACAAGGAGGGUGUCCAGGUGAUCAAUGGGACUGACACCAACACAAUCUUCAGUCAUGAGAUUGCCGGUGUUGUUCAGCGUGUUGGAGAUUCUGUACGACAAUUUGGUAUCGGCGAUCGCGUCGUUGGCUUCAGCUUUGAUCAUCUCAGCACUCACCAAGUGAUACCCGCCAAGAUGCUACAGAAACUUGAUGAAGAAGAGUCUUUACUAGACAUGGUUGGCCUACCCAUGCCGUACGCCACUGCGCUUCACGGCUUGAAGACCUUGGCUGUCGUCCAGCGCGGCGAAAGGGUUCUUAUCCUCGAAGGCACUGCUGCUGUAUCUGGCGCAGCCAUUGAGAUAUCGUAUCUGUUAGGUGCCAUACCAUAUGUCGCAACUGCAAGCCGAGAAGAAGCCGAACGUGUCACUCAGCAGUUCAGGCUCGGCCGCGAUCAGGUUUUCGCGUCCCAGGAGGAGUUGUUCAUGUUUCUACGCCGUUACAGUGAUCGGAACGAUGUGGAUGUUGUUUUCAGCUCUGCGGCGACUUCUGAGACUGCCACUCGCGAAGCCUGGCGUACCAUAUCGUCGUAUGGUCGCUUCGUUAGCUAUGGCAAGAAGAGCGCGCACAGGCGUACCGCUGUCGACUCAGUGCCCUUCUCUCGCGGUGCGAAUUACUAUUCUUACGAUGUUGUUGAUCUCUACAAGCAAAAACCGGUGGUUAUGUCGAGCCUUCUUGCAGAAACAAUCAAGUUCUACCGCGAGGGUCGAAUUGCAGCCCCACAGAACCUUGUGGUCCGCAACGUCGCAGAAGUAGACGAUGCAGUGAGCAGAUUUGGGGACAAUUUUAGGGCCGGAAAGACUGUGCUUGAGUACAAGCCAUCAGAGAGGCCUGUGAAAGUUGUGCGAGUUUCUGCUGAAUCGAAGCUUGAUCCCGAAGGCACUUACUUACUUGUCGGAUGCUUGGGUGGCCUUGGGCGCAGUCUGACCAUGUGGAUGAUGAAAAGGGGAGCUCGAAACUUCUGCUUCCUGUCGCGCUCGGGUGUCGAUGCUAGAGACGCUGCUCAGCUGGUCAAAGAUCUCGAGACAGCUGGUGCGGUUAUCAAGAUUGUGAGAGGAGAUGUCUCGGUUCGUGCAGACGUUCAACGAGCCGUUUCAGAAAUAUCUGCCCAUCGUCCUAUUAAGGGAGUUGUUCAUGCUGCCAUGGUUCUCCGGGAUAGCAUAUUCGCUAGAAUGACUUUCGAAGAUUGGCAAACAUCUGUCAAGCCUAAGGUUCACGGUGCAAGCAACCUCCAGGCUGUGCUUGGAAAAACCCCUCUUGACUUUUGGCUAAUGACUAGUUCCGUGUCUGGAAUCCUCGGAACCCCAGGUCAGGCCAACUACGCAGCUGGUAAUGCAUACAUGGAUGCGCUCGCCAGCCACCGUCGCAGUCUUGGUCUGCCCGCUUGUGCUGCCAUCAUCCCUAUGGUCCUUGGUGUCGGAGUUGUGGCUGAGAACACCGAACUCGAAGCAGCGCUGACACGCAAGGGCAUGUAUGGUAUCGAUGAAGAACAUCUCCUGCGGUCCUUCGAGCUCGCCAUCAACAUGCAAAAGGCUGGUGAGACCAACAGGGCCAUCGACCACUUGGUCAUUGGUCUUGAUCCUGCUAUGCUUUCACAAGCAGUCAAAGAUGCCGGCAAUGUCGAGCCCUUCUACUUGGCUGAUGAGCGGUUCCGCACCCUGGUUCACUACAUGAACGGUAGUACGGCUGUGGGUGGUGAUGCUGGUGCCAAUGUUUUGGCUUCCAUGCUGAGUGCAGGCACGCCGGCUGAGGCUAUACAGAUGGCUCGUGACCAUGUUGUUGGCAAAAUGUCGCGCAUGUUGUUACUGGACUUUGAUGUUUUCGAGGGCGAUGGUCGUUCGAUCGCAAGCUACGGAAUUGAUAGUAUGAUUGGUGCGGAGUUGCGCAACUGGAUCUUCAAGGAGUUUGCAAUGGACAUUCCGUUUCAGCAACUUUUGGGCCCCACGCUGACUACAGUGGAGCUGGCAAAGAAGGUUUGCAUCAAGCACAGUAUCUUGAAGGAGGAGUAG